UGUCCCUCGCGGCUGGCGCUGCUGCUGCUGCUGGGCGUGAUGCUCCCGGCGGCCCGAGGCACCGGGGGAUACUACCCGCGCUUCUCGCCCUUCUUCUUCCUUUGCACGCACCACGGGGAGUUGGAAGGGGACGGCCAGCAAGGCGAGGUGCUCAUCUCCCUCCACAUUGCUGGGAACCCGACCUUCUAUGUGCCGGGACAGGAAUACCACGUGACUAUUUCAACAAGCACCUUUUUUGAUGGCAUAUUGGUCACGGGACUUUAUACAUCUACCAGUGUUCAGACUUCGCAGAGCAUUGGCGGGUCCAGUGCAUUUGGAUUUGGAAUAAUGUCUGAUCACCAAUUUGGAAAUCAAUUCAUGUGCAGUGUGGUUGCAUCACAUGUCAGCCAUCUUCCAACCACAAAUCUCAGUUUUGUUUGGAUUGCUCCUCCUGCAGGAACAGGCUGUGUGAAUUUUAUGGCUACUGCUACUCACAGAGGUCAAAUUAUAUUCAAGGAUGCCUUAGCCCAACAGUUAUGUGAACAAGGAAGUCCAACAGAAGCUCCCUUACAUCCUCUUUUAGCUGAGAUGCACAGCAACAGCGUUAUAUUACGAGAUGACUUUGAUUCUUAUCACUUGCAAGGAUUGAAUCCUACCAUGUGGUUUGAAUGUAGCAACUGUGAGGUUGGAGAACAAUGUGGUGUAAUUAUGCAUGGCAAUGCUGUCACUUUUUGUGAACCAUAUGGGCCAAGAGAACUAACUACCAAUGGCCUUAACACAACUACAGCUUCUGUGCUCCAGUUUUCAAUAG